CCGGAUCACAGAAUGGUUGCAAUGGAACAGAUGACAUGAACUAGUAUCUUCAGCGAGGCUGUAGCACUUUGCUCAUUCUAGGGCGACGGGGACGUUGCUCAGGUGGUGGGCGGAAGCCUCGUAUUUCCGGCGAGAGACUAAUGUCAGAUACGCAAGCCUUGCGCCCAGGGCAAGGUAUUUCCGAACCCAGCUUUCGCCCCUCCUCUUGGCUCUUAUUAUCGAAUCAUUCAUUUAAUCUGGCCAGAAAAUCAACUUGAAAGUUGGCUGAGAUUUCCAAGAAUUUAGCGGAGCCUCAUACAAGCAGAGUUCCAAGCGACACAACCGCAUUCGUGAGCGAAGUCACCUUCGUUUUGCAGCCAUGGCUGAUGAUAAUCCCGCAUUGAGAUUCAAUAUCGAUAAACCAUUGAUCAAGCGAGGACCCACAGAUCUGAGGGAAGAUGUCAUACAUUUCCACAAACACUUCAAACUAGAAGGAGUGGUUAGUGUCGAGCAGCUCAUAAGGGGAGCUUUCAUUGCUCAGGACAAAGCCAAUCGAUAUGCUUUUCAAGAACAAGGUCUUGCCGAACUCACAAGUACGGAGGAGGCCGCACUCAAAGCCGAAGAUCCCAAGAAUCCCAAAGAUGAAGUCGGUUUCUGGCGUCAAACGCAGGAUCUCAAAGUCACGAUGCUUACUACUGCCUGUGCGGCUAUCGUUCAGGGGUGGCAACAAUCGUCAAUUAAUGCGACAAGUCAAGCGUGGCAGGCUGCCUUACACUAUGACGGGGAUAAAUCUGACUGGGGCGCGCACCAACUCCUAGUCGGGCUGGUCGAUGCUGCCCCUUGGCUUUCCGCGAGUGUUGUGGGUACUUGGCUGAGCGAUCCAUUGCAGGAAGGGGGAUUCGGAAGACGACGUGCUCUCUUUAUUUCGGCUAUAUUUUGCAUUGCCUCUGUUCUGGGAAGUGCUCGAUGUAACUCGUGGCAAGCUCUUCUCGCCUGUCGCAUGUUACUCGGGAUUGGGAUUGGAGCCAAAGCAUCCAUCGCGCCUGUGCUGGCUGCAGAAGUAGCUGCAAAGAAUCUUCGAGGACGGAUGUUACUAUUAUGGCAACUGUUCGAUGCUCUGGGCAUAUUCUUGGGCUUUCUCGCUGUGUGGAUUGUUGGAGGCAGCUGGAGAGUUCUCUUGGGAGCCCCCGCCAUUCCGGCUAUUGUGCUUCUGUUUCUUGUUUUUCUUUGCCCGGAAUCGCCACGAUUCUUGAUUCGAAACAAGGAGUACGCGAAGGCGUAUCAGAGUCUUCGCCGUCUGAAAGAAACAGACCUACAGGCGGCCAGAGAUUUGUAUGAUAUCCAUAUUCGGCUUCUAGUGGAAACUCUCGAUUUGAACAAUCAGGAUAUCCAGCAGCGAGCAGAGAAUGGAUUCCGUGUUGACCCAGCGUCGAAGCCCCCCACCGGGGAACCUCAUGACCCAGCGCCGAAGCCCAGCAUCGGCUCGUUUCCCAAGCGAUUCGUGGAACUCUGGACCAAGCCUAGAAAUCGCAGAGCUUGUCUUACGACGUUUCUCGUCAUGAUGGCACAGCAGAUGUGUGGGAUCAACGUGAUAGCCUUCUAUAGUAGUACCUUGUUUGGCAAUGACGCAUGCUUGAAGAAUAGUCGUGUCGAAUGGAUGAAUUUUGGUUUCGGUCUGGCCAAUUUUCUAUUCACGCUCCCAGCUUAUCAUCUCAUCGACACUUAUGGUCGUCGAAAGCUCAUUUUGUACUCUCUGGGAGGGAUGUUCUUCACUCUGCUCCCGCUAGCUGUUGGGCUCUUUGAGCUGGGCAAGAACCAAUUCAAAGCCCGUGAGGCAUUGAUAGCGACCUUUGGCGUGGUUGUAUUCACAUUCUGGUAUGGUAUUGGAGCCGGUCCUGUGCCCUUUACCCUCAGCGCUGAGGUUUUCCCGCUUGCUUACCGCGAAGUCGGGAUGAGUUUCAGUGUCAUGGUGAAUUUCCUUGGACUCGGUCUUUUGGUCCUUCUGGUGCCAAAAGUAAAUACAAGUCUCACCAAGAUGGAGGGGGGCAAUUGGAAUACUACUUCGAACUGCACCGCCCAAAAUGAUGCUGCUUAUACCACCAUGGCUGGCCAGGGAAUCCUACUUUUCAUCUUCAUGGGAUUUAACGCCGUGGCUUUUGUACUUAUUCUCUUCCUGGUACCAAGUGGUACAACAGCACGCGUCAGUCUGGAGAGCAUGAACGUCAUUUUCAAUAAAAGGACGGUCGAACAUAAUAGACAGAUCAGAUGGCUGGCAGGACUGUUGAGACGGAAGGGGAAGGGGGUCUCUGAGGAAAUGUCUAUGGAGUCAGUACUAGAAUCAUCUCGCGAGCGUGUAUAGUAUGGAUAAUUAGUGGUACGAUAAAUGGUAAUAUGAAC